GUCAGAGUUCACGCAUGGUAAUGUUGUGUUUAUCUCGUUUACGGUGUCAUGUCGCAUGUUGUGAAAUAGUGGUGAUUCCAUGAAGCAUUAUGUCUGGACUGAAAUUGCCGAGGCGUAAACGUCGUGUCUACCAAAAGGUUGAUUCACCGUUCCCUAUUCCCAUUGAAUCAAUCACCAACAAGCCAGCUUCAAAUCAACGAUGGUUCUAUUACACUGGAGUCCUGAAGGAGAACUGUGUUCUUGUACAACAACAAGGAGAUGCUAUAUUCCUGUAUAAGAUGGGAUUCUUUGGGAAAGGAAUCUUAUCGAAGAGUAAACCCGAACAUGAAAUCUUCCUCAAUUCGUACCAAGGACUCAGAAAGAAAAACUUGCCCCCAAAGGAGCGCAGAUUCCAGCAGCAGCGUUUUCAACAAGUUCGGAAACAGAGGUAUGAACGUCAUUUAAGUUGGCAAAAGCAACUUGUUCUUCAGGCUCAGGAAAGAGCUCAGAUCAACCGUACAGAUCCUUCCACCUCUGACAAAGAGGACCUGACACAUAGACAAGAAACUCAUCAAGGAAUGGAAUGUACAGAUCGUGUAGGGACAGUCCAUAGCAAUGAGGAAGUUUGCAAAGUAGAUGACACUGAAGGACAGACCAUGGCAGCUAAUGAUGUAGAGAUUGACUUCAUGCAACAAGUUGAUGACCGUACUACUGAUGUUGUUGAUGCUGUAGUUAUAGCAACUGAUGCUAACCAAGAUGUUGGUGUUGAUAGAGUACCAAGAACGACUGAAUCACUGCCAAUUAAUCUAGAUGCUUGUAAUGAUCAGAUUAUUGUAACACCUCAGACUAAAAGAACUCAUGAUGUAUGUGGAACCUUUGAUGAUGUCAUUGGAAUAGCUGAUGGUGUCAUUGGAACAGCUGAUGAUGUCAUUGGAACAGCUGAUGUCAUUGGAAUAGCUGAUGAUGUCAUUGGAACAGCUGAUGAUGUCAUUGGAACAGCUGAUGAUGUCAUUGGAACAGCUGAUGAUGUCACUGGAAUAGCUGAUGGUGUCAUUGGAACAGCUGAUGAUGUCAUUGGAACAGCUGAUGAUGUCAUUGGAAUAGCUGAUGAUGUCAUUGGAAUAGCUGAUGAUGUCAUUGGAACAGCUGAUGAUGUCAUUGGAACAGCUGAUGAUGUCAUUGGAACAGCUGAUGAUGUCAUAGAUCAUCAAACAGAAGACACAGUAACACCUCAAACUGCAAAUGCCAGAACUGAUGAUGUCAUUGGAAAACCUGAUGAUGUCAUGGACAAAAUGGACUCUGAGAGAAAAGACUGUGCCUUAGUUACCAUGGAAACGGUUGAAUCUGGUUGGGAAGAAGGUCUGCCUUCUACUUCGGCCGACAAAGAUGAAACAGGAUCAACGAUGGAUGCUGAAGACCAGGGAUUUAUCAGAAAGGAUGACCCUUACAAGAUUCAUGAACAUUUGCAGCUAAAACUGGAAGAGGCUUUCUUCUUGUCUUAUGGUUUGGGUUGUCUGUCGGUGUUGGAUGAAAACAAGAAAGCUCUUGAUCUGACUGAGAUGUGGCAGGCAUUCUGCUCCAGGCAGGAGAACUUUGUGGCUAACUACAUCGCCUACCAUUACUAUCGGAGCAAGGGAUGGGUCCCUCGUGAUGGGGUCAAAUAUGGAGCUCAUUUUGUGUUGUACAAGCAUGGACCGCCAUUCUAUCAUGGCAGCUAUUCCAUAAUUGUCAAGAUGGUGACUGAAGGAUCAUGGGAUACCUCCGACCCUUUGACCUGGCCGGCUCUAUCUGGUAUGGAUAGAAUUACUGAGACCGUUGCCAAGGAAGUUAUGUUCUGCUACGUCUUGAGGCCUGCCAAUCUAAGCGACGAUGAGAUGACAUCUCCAAGAUGCAUCCCACGCUUCAGAGUCCAAGAGAUCUUGAUGAGACGCUGGGUUUCAUCACGAGAAAGAGAUCUUAAAGAUCAGUUACCACCUCUUAUAUCAUGAAGAGUUGACGUUAAAGCCACCAUUCCGGUCAUGUUCCCUGUAUGGGUGUGUUCAAUAGCAGUCAUGGAUACGCAUUAUGAAAUAGGGGCCAGGCUUUCUUCCUACCAGCCUCAGUGUGACAGAUGUAAUAAUAUGAGGUGCACACAACUCAAGACAUGAAGUUCAAUCUUAUCGCAUUGUACCAAUUAGGGCUCAAUUUCGUAAAGCUAUGAGCAGAAAAUUGUGCUCAGCUUAUUUGUCCGUUAAAUAAAAGUUAGCAGAGAACCAAUCACAAAAAACGUACAGUGGUAUUUUCAAUUAUCUUAUUUUGGUUGGUAGCAAGAUUUUUCUUUGCUGAACAUAUUUUUGUGCUAAACAGCUUUUGUUUCAGUGUGUGAGAAUGUGAGAUAACAAACUUUCAGACAAGAAAUCCGAUUUUUAUACAAUGAUGAGAAAAAUCUGACCUUCAGAAAACAUACUUGUCUGUUAUUAUGCUGCCCCCAUUGUUGUGUUGUGCCCUGUAUGUAAUAAUAAAAAGCCAUCAGUGAAUCACAUCAAUCAAAGCGGUGAUUUUCCUUUGAGUAGGGAGAUACCAGGGCCAAUUUCAAGGUUCUGCUUACCGCCAAGUUCUGCGCUAACGAUCACCAUUCUCCGCUUGCAGAGCAAGCACUGAAUUGCUCUGCUAGCUGUGUAAGCAAAGAUUGCCUAGUAACGUAGAUUAUGCACGUGCACAAGCCAAAAUUCCCCGUGAAAUGCACUUGACCAUAAGCGCAGAAUUCCCUGCUUCUGCAAGCGCCAAAUCUUCGCUUUCGGUAAGCAGAGCCAUGAAAUUGUGCCCAGCUAUGAUUUUUGGCCCUUGGGAAAAAGCUGGAUACUUUUAUUGAGUACAAGGGCUGACCUACAAUUUUUUUUUAUACAAACGGUACAUGGGCUUUAAAGA